UAUUUCUAUUCUAUGUUAAAGGGCUUGACUUGUGUAAUAAAGUGAGAAUGAGUGUUAGAGAUGUGUAGAAGAUGAUAAGGUCAACAGACCAACCAACUUUCCUUUAUACACUCCAUUAACAUCUCAUCAUAACCAAGAAAACAUUUUGCAUGGUCUUUCUUUCUUUUCUUUCACCAUCUUCUUAAACAAAACUACAUAUUCUAGCUCUUUCAAAUCUACACACAACUAAGACAAGUAUAGAAGAAAUUAAAGGAGAGAGAUUAGUUGCGGACAGAGAUGGCAGGAGGAGUAACCUUGGAGUAUACUCCUACAUGGGUAGUCGCUGUGGUUUGCACUUUUAUUGUGAUUAUAUCUCUUUCUGUUGAAAGGUUCCUUCAUUAUCUUGGCAAGUUCUUGAAGAAGAAAAACCAGAAACCCCUAUUUGAAGCUUUACUGAAGAUCAAAGAAGAGUUGAUGCUUUUGGGGUUCAUAUCACUGCUGCUGACAGUGUUUCAAGAUAGGAUUACCUCAAUCUGCAUAUCAGAGGAUUUAGCUAAUAAAUGGCUACCUUGCAAGAAAAAAUCAAGUGCCACUGGUACUGCACAUUUUCAGACCUUCUUCUCUUUCUUCCCUGGUGGUUCCACCCAUCGCCUACUAGCUGAGGCCUCUGACUCAACCUUUACCUGCAGCGAGGGAAAGGUUCCAGUUUUAUCUUUAACUGCAUUGCAUCAUCUUCAUAUAUUCAUCUUUGUUCUAGCUGUUGUCCAUGUAGCUUUCUGCGCUCUAACCAUUCUUUUUGGAGGUGCUAAGAUUAGACAAUGGAAGCACUGGGAAGAUUCUAUCUCAAAUAAGGAUUAUGAUCUAGAAGAAGCAAAAGGCUCAAAGUUUACACACGUCCAUGAUCAUGAUUUUAUCAAGAAACGGUUUAAGGGUAUUGGGAAGAACUUCUACUUGAUGGGUUGGGUGCAUUCAUUCUUCAAGCAGUUCUAUGUGUCUAUAAACAAAUCUGAUUAUAUCACAUUGCGACUGGGCUUCAUUAUGACUCAUUGCAGAGGAAAUCCAAAAUUUAAUUUUCACAAGUAUAUGAUGCGUGCCCUUGAAGCAGACUUCAAGAAAGUUGUUGGAAUAAGUUGGUAUCUUUGGUUAUUUGUGGUUAUUUUCUUGCUGCUGAAUGUUGCUGGUUGGAAUGCUUAUUUCUGGAUCGCCUUCAUUCCCUUCAUUCUUCUACUAGCUGUGGGUACUAAGUUGGAGCAUAUAAUCACUCAAUUAGCCCAUGAAGUUGCUGAGAAACAUGUAGCAGUUGAGGGGGACUUGGUUGUUAAACCUUCUGAUGCUCACUUCUGGUUCCAGAGACCUCAGAUUGUUCUCAUUUUGAUCCACAUCAUCCUAUUCCAAAAUUCUUUUGAACUGGCAUUUUUCUUCUGGAUAUGGGUGCAAUAUGGGUUUGACUCCUGUAUAAUGGGAAAAACUGCCUACAUUAUCCCAAGACUCAUCAUAGGGGCUUUCAUUCAGUUCGUCUGCAGCUAUAGUACAUUACCGCUCUAUGCAAUUGUCACGCAGAUGGGAAGUUAUUUCAAGAUAGCAAUAUUUGAUGAACAUAUUCAAGAGGGUCUUGUUGGUUGGGCUAAGCAGGCCAAAAAGAAGACAGUUCUUAGAAAGGCUGAAGUUAGUCAGAAGGAGGAUUCCCCUGGAGCAGUACAGAUGACAAAAACAGGGUCGCAGGGAUCUGCAACUGAAGAGAGAAAACCAGGAGAGAUUGCAGACGACACUGCCUCUGAUAGGCCUAAAUGAACAGCAUCAUCCCUUUAAAUUCUGGUGCAAUCCGAUAUGAGUUAAGAAAGCAAAUAUUCUGCAAAAGGCUUUGUGUACUACCUCUUGAGUCCAAGUUUAUAAAGAUUUUGUUGGUACCCUUUUGCUUUUUGCCAUAAAAUUGAUGCAUGUGAAAGGGACUGGAUAUUGUUAUCUAUUACUCAAAUUUCACAGGGAAUGUAUCAUCCUUUCAUUCAA